AUGGAAGAGACGCUUCUUGAAUCUGAGCCUCCGCCUGGUCUGGGAAGGAUGAGCUCGGAAGAUGGCCAGGGCCAGCCAAUCGGGCAUUGUCUGUCCAUUGUUCCCUCUUUGAACACAGGCAGCCUGUACCCGCAGCAGGAGCCCGAGCUGAGUCCACCAAAGGCGACAGAAGCAAUGGCCAAUCCGAGUCCGACAACGGCAGGAUCCCCACCAGCUCCCGAACAGAUGGCUGCAGAAACUCAGGCAACGGCCCCGCCAGCACUGGCCAAUCCGAGCCCGACGCCAGCUCUUCCCGAGCAGACCAAUCCGAGCCCAACGACUGCAGGAUCCCCGCCAGCUCUUCCCGAGCAGACCAAUCCGAGCCCGACGACUACAGGAUCCCCGCCAGCUCUUCCCAAGCAGACCAAUCCGAGCCCGACGACUACAGGAUCCCCGCCAGCUCUUCCCAAGCAGACCAAUCCGAGCCCGACGACUGCAGGAUCCCCGCCAGCUCUUCCCAAGCAGACCAAUCCAACCCUGAGCCCGACGACUGCAGGAUCCCCGCCAGCUCUUCCCAAGCACCCCUUGCUGGUGUCAAAAGCUCAUGCACGCCUCAACAGGACACGUCCGCAAGAGCUGCCGAGUCCACCAAAGUCACCGCAAGCACCGCUCUUGACAGAACUUCAUGCAGCGGCCCCGCCAGGGCUGGCCAAUCCGAGCCCGACGACUGCAGGAUCCCCGCCAGCUCCUCCCAAGCAGAGCUUGCUUCAGACAAAAGCUCGUGCACCUUCCGCCCCCCCUUCCGCGACACCUCAGCAGGAGCUGCCUGUGCCGAGUCUGCCAAAGCCGCCGCAAGCGCCACCGCUCGUGCCGAGCCCGACGACGGCUGGAUCCCCACCAGCUCUUCCCAAGCAGAUUUUGCUUUUGACGGAUGAUGGACAUGGCCAGCCGAGUGGCCACUCUCUGGAUGAGGACGAAGAGGAGGGCGACAGCGAGAGGCCGAAGACUGCCAACGAGAAAGAGCUGGAGGAGCUGAAGGCAACGACGGCCGAAGCGGUUCCUUUGGGACCGAUUGUGGCCGCGUCGCGGACGCUCGACCAGGCAAAAGCCGUCAUGAGUUUCGUGGAUGCGAUCUCGGAGAAGAGCUUGAAUCGAACGAUGGCGCUGACUGCAGCGCGUGGCCGUGGCAAGUCCGCAGCCCUGGGCCUGGCGAUCUCGGCGGCCGUGGCCUACGGCUACUCCAACAUCUUCGUGACGGCCCCUUCCCCGGAGAACCUGAGCACCGUCUUCGAGUUCAUACUCAAGGGCUUCGAUGCCUUGGGCAUGAAGGAGCAUCAGGAGUAUGAGCUGGUGCAAGCAGAGAACCCUGAGCUCAACAAGGCGCUGGUCAGGGUAAACAUCUUCAAGGAUCACCGCCAGACCGUCCAGUACAUCAGUCCUUCCGACUGGCAGCAUCUGGCACAGGCCGAGCUGUUGGUGGUUGACGAAGCCGCCGCAAUUCCGCUGCCCAUUGUGAAGAAGCUGCUCGGGCCAUACCUGGUGCUCCUGGCUUCCACUGUGAAUGGCUAUGAAGGCACCGGCCGAGCCUUGUCCUUGAAACUCAUCGAGGAUCUGAAAGCCGGCAAGGGCGUCGGGGGAAGCGCCAAGAAAGGCAUUCUGCCAGGAUCCAAGGUCGUGGUCGUCUUGCCUCUGCUGAGGCAGGAGGAUUUCCAAGGCGAGGGUCGCUGCCAUCCUGGAGGAAGGACGUGCGUCUGGUGUGCGGCGACCGCGGCGACGACCCGGGACACCGGACUCCCUGUCUUUUGGCCGCUGGACAACCUCCCACAUCUUCAAGAUGGCGAGGACAUCCGUUCCCCUCUGCCCUCGAAAUCGAAGCCUAAGCAGGCUCGGUUUCUCUUGGCCAAGAUGGAAACGUUAAGAUAG